GGAGGAGGAGGAGGCGGCGAGAAGAUGGCGACUUCGAACAAUCCGCGGAAAUUCAGCGAGAAGAUCGCUCUGCACAACCAGAAGCAAGCGGAGGAGACGGCGGCUUUCGAGGAGGUCAUGAAGGACCUGAGCCUGACGCGGGCCGCGCGGCUCCAGCUCCAAAAGUCCCAGUACCUGCAGCUGGGCCCAAGCCGUGGCCAGUACUAUGGUGGAUCCCUGCCCAACGUGAACCAGAUUGGGAGCGGCACCGUAGAUCUGCCCUUCCAGCCCAGCGGAUAUCUGGGGGAGGCUCUGGCAGCGGCUCCUGUCUCUCUGACACCCUUCCAGUCCUCAGGCCUGGACACCAGCCGAACUACCCGGCACCAUGGGCUAGUGGACAGAGUGUACCGGGAGCGUGGCCGCCUUGGCUCCCCACAUCGCCGGCCCCUGUCAGUGGACAAACAUGGAAGGCAGGCGGACAGCUGCCCAUAUGGCACCGUGUACCUCUCGCCACCUGCAGACACCAGCUGGAGAAGGACCAAUUCUGACUCUGCCCUGCACCAGAGCACAAUGACGCCCACCCAGCCAGAGCCUUUUACGGGUGGGUCCCAGGACGCACACCAGAAAAAAGUCUUACUAUUAACAGUCCCUGGAAUGGAGGAGACCACAUCAGAGAUGGACAAGAACCUUUCCAAGCAAGCAUGGGACACUAAGAAGACGGGGUCCAGGCCCAAGUCCUGCGAGGUCCCUGGAAUCAACAUCUUUCCAUCUGCCGACCAGGAAAACACUACAGCCCUGAUCCCUGCCACCCACAACACGGGGGGCUCCUUGCCUGACCUGACCAACAUCCACUUCCCCUCCCCCCUCCCGACCCCGCUGGACCCCGAGGAGCCCACCUUCCCUGCGCUGAGCAGCUCCAGCAGCACCGGCAACCUUGCAGCCAACCUGACACACCUGGGCAUCGGCGGUGCCGGCCAGGGGAUGAGCACUCCUGGCUCCUCGCCACAGCACCGCCCGGCCGGCGUCAGCCCGCUGUCCCUGAGCACGGAGGCAAGGCGGCAGCAGGCCCAGCAGGUGUCGCCCACUCUCUCCCCACUGUCACCCAUCACUCAGGCCGUGGCCAUGGACGCCCUGUCUCUGGAGCAGCAGCUGCCCUACGCCUUCUUCACCCAGGCGGGCUCUCAGCAGCCGCCGCCGCCUCAGCCUCAGCCCCCGCCCCCGCCGCCGCCUGCGUCCCAGCAGCAGCCACCCCCGCCGCCCCCGCAGGUGCCUGUCGGCCUCCCCCAGGGCGGCUCCCUGAUGCCGAGCGCCAGCCUGACUCGGGGGCCCCAACUGCCCCCGCUUGCGGUCACGGUACCGUCCUCUCUCCCCCAGUCCCCCCCAGAGAACUCGGGCCAGCCGCCAAUGGGGAUCGACACUGCCUCGGCGCCGGCUCUGCAGCAGUACCGUACUAGCGCCGGCUCCCCAGCCAACCAGUCUCCCACCUCGCCCGUCUCCAAUCAAGGCUUCUCCCCCGGGAGCUCCCCACAAACUCUGUCCUGCCAUCUCCCUGGCAGCAUCUCAAGAAUGGGCAGGAGCUCCACACUCCUAUUCUUGGCAUCUCCACCGCCUCAGAGGAUCCCCAGCCCCCUGCUCCUCUCCCAGGGGCAGCCCCCGUCCCUCUGCCCCAACUGGCAUUGGGUAAACAGGAGUGGGGCUGCCUGCCAUCGCCCAGGCCCCAGGGCCUCGCGGGCAGGCAGGCAGCCACGGCUGGACAGGUGGGCAGGGGCUUUCCGUGUACCUGUCCCGUACUCGCUCUGUGCACCCUUCCUGCCCACGUGUGUGUGGCCUGCUGCCUGUCCCGCGUCUCCCGUGUCUGACAAGCACUCUUCCACCCUGGGCGGCGUGUUUGGGGACUCAUUCUAUGAGCAGCAGAUGGCGGCCAGGCAGGCCAAUGCUCUGUCCCACCAGCUGGAGCAGUUCAACAUGAUAGAGAAUGCCAUCAGCUCCAGCAGCCUGUACAGCCCGGGCUCGACACUCAACUACUCCCAGGCGGCCAUGAUGGGCCUCACGGGCAGCCACGGGAGCCUGCCGGACACACAGCCGCUCAGCUUCCCCAGCCACAGCAGCAUACCCAACAUCAUCCUCACAGUGACAGGAGAGUCCCCUCCCAGCCUCUCUAAAGAACUGACCAGCACGCUGGCCGGGGUCGGUGACGUCAGCUUCGAUUCUGACAACCAGUUCCCCUUGGACGAACUCAAGAUUGACCCCCUGACCCUGGACGGACUGCACAUGCUCAAUGACCCAGACAUGGUCCUGGCCGACCCGGCCACCGAGGACACCUUCCGGAUGGACCGUCUGUGAGCCGCACGCCCGGCACACGGCCGCCCAGCCCCCGGCUCCGUCACCCCACCGGUCAGUGGUCCCCACGGCGUCCCCCCAAGCCUGGGGACGGCGGCGCUCCGUCCCUCGCAAACGGCCGAGCUUGUGAUUCUGAGCUUGCAAUGCCGCCAAGCGCCCCAGCCCACCCGCCCGCCCACCCCGGUCGUCCACCUCCCGCGUGAGGCCGCGUGUCGUCGCCCCCGCGGACCCUCCCUGCUCUCUCGUCCCCCUGUAAGAUGCGGAAAGCGCUCUGGGCAGGGCCGCCGGCCUCGGGGGGCGCCGUGCUCUGCGACGGUGGUGGGCUGAGGUGCACCUUGCGACUGUUGUCCAGCUCUCACUGCCUUCCUUUGUCCCCGGUCCCCCCACCCGCCCGCGCCCCCAGCCCUUGGUUAGGUAGCGAGCCAGCCCCACCCUGCCAAAAGGAGAAGGCGCCGGGGGCGGGGGGUGGGCGGACAUGAAGCGGAAAUAAACACUAUUUGGACUGCC